AUGACUUCUUUGGAUAUCGCCAUGACUGUCGAAGCCGCAGCAGCUUCGGGGGUUUGCGCGCUGCAGCUCCUCCAGGAUCUGGCGGAGAAGGCCACGGCAUUAGCAGCAGCAGGAACCCUCAGCAGCAAAGAGCAGCUUUGGAUUCUCUCGGGUUUUUCCCGCAUAGGGUGGGAAGGGGCUUCGUCGCUUGCUGCUGCUGCUCCUUUCCUCGUAGCUGCCUCGAGAAUAUCCAGCUGUCAAGACACCGCAACGCAGCAACUGCUGCAGCUCGCUGCUGCUGCAGUGCGUGACUGGCCCACUUCUUCGCAGCAGCAGCAGCAGCAGCAGCAGCGAACACGGCAGGAAGAGCAAGAGGAGCAGCCGCAGCAGCAACAACCACAGCAGCAAGAGCAGCAGCAGGAGCAGCAGCAGGAGCAGCAGCAGGUACAGCAGCAGCAGCAGCACCAGCAGCAGCAGCAGCGAACACGGCAGGAAGAGCAAGAGGAGCAGCCGCAGCAGCAACAACCACAGCAGCAGGAGCAGCAGCAGGAGCAGCAGCUCCUCGUCGAGCAGGAGCAGCAGCAGGUACAGCAGCAGCACCACCAGCAGCAGCAGCAGCGAACACGGCAGGAAGAGCAAGAGGAGCAGCCGCAGCAGCAACAACCACAGCAGCAGGAGCAGCAGCAGGAGCAGCAGCAGGAGCAGCAGCAGGUACAGCAGCAGCAGCAGCAGCAGCGAACACGGCAGGAAGAGCAAGAGGAGCAGCGGCAGCAGCAACAACCACAGCAGCAGGAGCAGCAGGAGGAGCAGCAGCAGGUGCAGCAGCAGCAGCAGCAGCAGCGACAAGGGCAGGAGGAGCAGCGGCAGCAACAACAACCACAGCAGCAGAAGCAACAGCAGCAACAAAAAGAACAGCAGCAGAAGCAGCAGCAGCAGCAGCAGGACAGCAGCUGCACUGCAGCACAUUUCUCUGCUGCUGACUUGGCUGCGCUUCCAUUUCGGGUGUAUCUGCAGCUCGUGAUAGCGCUAGCCCAAGCGCAGCAGCAGCAAAAAGUUAAAAUUGAACAUUUCUUUUUGCUGCUGCGCCACAACCUCGAGAGCUGCAGCUCCAAGGACUGGAACGAGCUGCACCGCCUGGCGGGCCUUUUGAACAUUCAGCAGCACCCAGAAUGGCUGGCCCUGACUGCUGCUGCUGCAGGCCGUAUUCACCGCUUGCUGCAGCAGCAGCAGCAGCAGCGGGCGCAGCAGCAGCAGCAGCACGGGAAGGCAGCAGGCAGCAGCAGCAGGGGCAUCACCAGCAGCAGCGGAGUCGAGCACGAGCUGGACGCUAAGGACUUCCUUGAGAGUUUGCGGAUGCGCUUUGGGCCCCCGAGCAACUGGGGCCAUCUCCCAUCAAGAAAGCACUGA